UGCUGAGUGUGUUUGUAAAGAUAACGAAAAUAGAAAAAAAUGCUAAGAGAUAAAUAAUUUGGCGAAAAAGAAUGUAAAGGGAAACGAUAGAAUUGCUUAUGGUCUGUGCCAAUUUACAUCACAGGGACCAACAUCAUGUAACACAAUCGCUUUAUAUAUAAAUAACUUGAAAUCUUAUUUGUUCUUCAUUAGAGUUGUGGCUUCACUACUGCUCAGUUGCUAACUUUCUAAGAAGAUGAGACUUUUAAUCGUUGUUUUCGCAUUCAUCGCAGCUGUGACUGCUGAUAUCAGUCAUUUGCCUUCAAAUGAGUAUUUGCCUCCCAUUCAAGACGUUGCACCAGUUGAAGCUCCUGUCUCCAAUUCGAUCCCAGAUGUUGCUCUGCCUGCUUCUGCUUAUGUAACACUUCCAGUUGAAGCUACGCCAGCUCAUGUUUUGGCCGAUGACGGUUACCGUUAUAAGACACACCGUCGUGUUGUAUACCGCCGCAACCGUCGCGAUGUGAGCCAUUUGCCAUCCAACGAAUACUUGCCACCAGUUCAGGAAGCACCAGUUGCUGCACCAUCAAAUGAAUACUUGCCACCUGUACAACAGGCGGCUCCAGCUCCAGCUCCAGCUCCAGUGCCAGUUCCAGUGGAAGUUGUUCCAUCUCAUAUUUUGGCCGAUGACGGUUAUCGUUAUAAAACACACCGUCGUGUUGUAUACCGCCGCAACCGUCGCGAUGUGAGCCAUUUGCCAUCCAACGAAUACUUGCCACCAGUUCAGGAAGCACCAGUUGCUGCACCAUCAAAUGAAUACUUGCCACCAGUUCAACAAGCGGCUCCAGCGCCAGUAUCAGUGGAAGCCGCUCCAUCUCAUAUUUUGGCCGAUGACGGUUAUCGUUAUAAAACACACCGUCGUGUUGUAUAUCGUCGCAACCGACGCGAUGUGAGCCAUUUGCCAUCCAACGAAUACUUGCCACCAGUUCAGGAAGCACCAGUUGCUGCACCAUCAAAUGAAUACUUGCCACCUGUGCAGCAGGCGGUUCCAGCCCCAGUUCCAGUGGAAGUUGUUCCAUCUCAUGUUUUGGCCGAUGAUGGUUAUCGUUAUAAGACACACCGUCGUGUUGUAUACCGCCGCAACCGUCGCGAUGUGAGUCAUUUGCCCUCCAUCGAAUACUUGCCACCAGUUCAGGAAGCACCAGUUGCUGCACCAUCAAAUGAAUACUUGCCACCUGUACAGCAGGCGGUUCCAGCCCCAGUUCCAGUGGAAGUUGUUCCAUCUCAUGUUUUGGCCGAUGAUGGUUAUCGUUAUAAGACACACCGUCGUGUUGUAUAUCGUCGCAACCGACGCGAUGUGAGCCAUUUGCCUUCCAACGAAUACUUGCCACCAGUUCAGGAAGCACCUGUUGCUGCACCAUCAAAUGAUUACUUGCCACCUGUUCAACAGGCGGCACCAGCUCCAGCCCUGGUUGAAGCUACCCCAGCUCAUGUUUUGUCUGAUGAUGGAUAUCGCUACAAAACCCAUCGUCGCGUUAUUUACCGUCGUCAAUAAUGAUUUUAUUUAAGAAGACAGAAUUAUUCAUUAAGUAAGAGAAUAGGUUAAUGAGACCUAUCUGGGUUAGUAGAUAUGUAUCUGAAUUUGUAUUAUUUGUGUGUCCAAUUGUAUACAGAAUUACAAAGCAAUAACAUCAUUAUACUCGUAAAAAUAUAAAGUAUGUUAUUUUUAUAUCUGAAAUUUAGUGCACUAUGAAAUUCAAUUAGUAAGUGAAACUCAAUUUGCAAAAUC